GAAGCAGCAGCAGCAGCAGCAGCAGAAGAAGAAGAAGCGCUUCCACGACUUUGACGCUCACCAGCAGCUUGACCUUCCAACUGCAGGGCGACAAACCAAAAUAUGGCGGGACAAGCAUUUUCAAAUUGGUGGAAAAUAGCGAGACCCUACGUUAAGGCAUAUCGAGAAGUAUGGAUUGGAUUUGGCAUUGUGUCGGUCGUCGUCUACAAAAUUAAAUAUGGGGGCAAGAAGGCUGUGGCGGACAAGCCCGCACACUGAGCGUCCCACCAUGAUGACCACCUCUUCCCCUGCCACGUAAAGGCCUGAAGACCAACUUCUCAUUUGGUUUUUGUUAAUAUUAAAUAAAAUGAUCCGUAACAUUU